AUGGCUACCAACUCUGGCCGCGGCAACCCUAUUGCCACCUCCGACGGUCCCAAUGUCGACAACCAGGCCCCACCUCCCGUCUCAGAAGAUGCGAAGGCUACUAUCCAGACGACAUCUACCAGCGGUGCCACGGGAACCCAUGCUGCCGGCCAGGAUGCCGGUGCAGCGUCAAUGGAGGGCACAGGCAAGGUGAAGUCCGCCAAGGAGCUCCAGAAGAAGCGCGAGAAGGCCGAGAAGCUCGCAAAGUUCCAGGCUAAGAAGGCUGCUAAACAAGCAGCGCCCGCCGAAGCUCCCACCAAGCAGAAAGAGAAGAAGGUCAAGGCUGCCGAGGAGACCAUGCCGAAGUUUGUUGAGGACACGCCCCUCGGACAGAAGAAACGGCUCAAGUCCUUGGACGAUCCUCACUACAAGGCCUACAACCCUGUUGCUGUCGAGAGUGCAUGGUACGAAUGGUGGGAGAAGGAAGGCUUUUUCAAGCCCGAGUUCACCGAGACCGGCGAUGUGAAGCCCAAAGGUGCCUUCACGGUCGUCAUACCUCCCCCGAACUGCACAGGCAGCUUGCACAUGGGUCACGCCCUUGGCAACAGUCUGGAAGACAUCAUGAGCAGAUGGCAGCGAAUGCUUGGCAAGACCACCUUGUUCCUUCCUGGCUGCGACCACGCCGGUAUUGCCACUCAGAGUGUCGUGGAGAAAAUGCUUUGGAGGAGAAAACAGCAGACUCGCCAUGAUCUUGGCAGAGAGAAGUUCCUCGACCUCGUCUGGGAAUGGAAGCAGGAGUACCACGACAAAAUCAACAAUGCGGAGCGGAAAAUGGGUAUUUCCGCGGAUUGGUCAAGAGAGGCCUUCACCAUGGACAAGAACUUGUCCGCGGCCGUCGCUGAGAAUUUCGUGCGCCUUCACGAGGAGGGGAUCAUCUACAGAGCCAACCGACUUGUCAACUGGGACUGCACUUUGACUACCGCCUUGUCAAACUUGGAAGUUGACCAGAAGGAGCUCGCCGGCAGGACUCUUCUAGAUGUACCAGGUUAUGACAAGAAAGUCGAGUUUGGUGUCAUUGUUCAUUUCAAGUAUCCCAUCGAGGGCUCAGACGAAACAAUUGAGGUGGCUACGACCCGUAUUGAGACGAUGCUCGGAGACACUGGCAUUGCCGUCAACCCCAAGGACAGCCGGUAUACCAAGUUCGUUGGCAAGUUCGCCACUCAUCCCUUCAUUGAGGGCCGCCGACUGCCCAUCGUCGCUGAUGAGUAUGUCGACAUUGAGUUCGGUACCGGAGCUGUGAAGUUGACACCUGGACACGACCCUAACGAUUUCAACCUGGGCAAGGCUCACAACUUGGAGUUCAUCAACAUCUUCACCGACGACGGCCUUCUGAACGAGAACGCUGGCCCAUACGCCGGCCAGAGGCGUUUUGAUGUACGGUACUCAAUCCAAGAUGCCCUAAAGGAGAAGGGGCUGUACGUCGACAAGAAGGACAACCCGAUGAAGGUGCCUCUCUCUGAGCGGUCGAAGGAUGUCAUCGAACCGAUUAUGAAGCCGCAAUGGUGGAUGUCCAUGCGAAGUAUGGCUGAUGAGGCCGUCAAAUGUGUCCAGAACAAUGAAAUCAAGAUCCGCCCAGAGUCGGCCGAGAAGAGCUUCUACAGAUGGAUGGAGAACAUUCAAGAUUGGUGCAUCUCAAGACAGCUGUGGUGGGGACACCAAUGCCCCGUCUGGUUUGCCAAGGUUGAGGGCGAGGAGCAGGACACAUCGAAUAACGACCGAUGGUUCAGUGGCAGGACGCCAGAGGAAGCAGAGGCGAAGGCUAAGAAGGUUCUGGCUGGCAAGAAAUACACGCUCGAGCGCGAUCCUGACGUCUUGGACACCUGGUUUAGCAGCGGUCUUUGGCCCUUCUCAACCUUGGGUUGGCCGAAUGCCGAAGCAGAAGACUUCAAGAAAUUGUAUCCCACGUCUAUCCUUGAGACUGGCUGGGACAUUCUCUUCUUCUGGGUCGCUCGAAUGAUCAUGCUUGGCAAGAAGAUGACAGGAGAUGUGCCUUUCAGGGAGGUCUACUGCCACAGCUUGAUCCGUGACAGUGAUGGCCGAAAGAUGAGCAAGAGCUUGGGCAACGUCAUCGAUCCACUUGACGUGAUCAGUGGUAUUGAUCUCGAGGCCCUCCACGCCAAGCUUCUCACAGGCAAUCUCGCCCCAACAGAGGUGAAGAAGGCCACCGCUUACCAGAAAAAGGCCUUCCCUAAAGGCAUACCCGAAUGUGGUGCAGAUGCCUUGAGGAUGUGCCUUGCAGCUUACACAACUGGUGGUGGCGACAUCAACUUUGACGUGCAGGUUAUGCAGAUGUACCGAAGAUUCGCCAACAAGAUGUACCAAGCAACGAAGUAUGUCAUCGGCAAAAUCGACACGGUCGAAGGAUUUGUUCCCGCAAAGACAAGGACGCUGCAGGGCAAAGAGUCUCUAUCCGAGCUCUGGAUCCUGAGCAAGAUGAACGCAGCCUCAAAGACAAUCAACGAAGCCCUGGAGGAGCGUGAGUUCAUGAAGGCUGCCAACGCGGUAUAUCACUACAUCUACGCCAACCUCUGCGACGUUUACAUCGAGAACUCGAAAGGCUUGAUUCAAGAUGGCACGAAGGAACAGGCUGAGUCCGCUCUGCAAACCCUGUACUCCUCUCUGGAGGCCGGCCUGCUGUUGAUACACCCCUUCAUGCCCUUUGUGACUGAGGAGCUGUGGCAACGCCUGCCAAGGCGUCCCGAUGACAAGACCAAGUCUGUCAUGCUUGCCGAGUACCCCGUCCACCAACCAGAGCUGGACCAGCCGGCCGCCGAGAAGGCCUACGAGCUGGUCCUGAACAGCUCCAGCGGCAUCCGCUCCCUCAUGUCCGAGAACGCCCUCAAGGAGGACGCCCAGAUCUUCAUCCAGACCUACGACGCCGAGUCGCACAGGAUUGCCACAGAGCAGGUUGGCAGCAUCAAGUCGCUCUCAGGCAAGGGCGUCGGCAGCAUCACCAUCGUCGGGUCCGACGAGCCCCGCCCCGCCGGCUGCGUUGCCUACCCGAUUGGUGCGAGCGCGGCCGUCUUCCUACACAUCAAGGGCCGUGUGGACCUAGACGAGGCGAUCCAGAGCGCGGCCAAGAAGCUGGAGAGGAAGAAGGGCGACGCUGACAAGCAGCGCAAGCUAGUUAACGACCCGGCCUACGCCGAGAAGGUGGCCGUCGCGACGCAGGAGGCGGACAAGCAGAAGCUGAGGGAUAUGGAGGGUGAGCUGAAGGGCUUCGAAACCACGAUCGAGCAGCUGAAGCAGUUGAAGCUGGAGUGA